GCUUAUUGCCGAAGGGGAUUUGCUUGCGGGGAGGCGCGUCUCGCACAGCUCUAUCGUAAAAUAAAUCGCUGGCAAAAGAUGGAGUUAUUUGCUAUGAUAUGGUUUUUAAGCAUUUUAUGUGUAAAGAUUAACGCAGAAUUUUCGGCACAGGAUUGUCGAGAGCUGGGUUUCAUCAAAUCACAACUAUUGUGCUCAUCGUGCAAAAGUUUGAUUGAUUAUGGACUGAACGAAUUCAAGGAACACUGCCUAGGAUGUUGCCAGAAGGACAAUGAAACCAACUCGAGCCUAAAUGUGUACCCAAAAGCAGUAUUGGAAGUAUGCUCGUGUAAAUUUGGAGCUUACCCACAAAUUCAAGCGUUCAUAAAAAGUGAUCGUCCGGCCAAAUUCCCCAACCUGACGAUUAAAUACUUACGAGGUUUGGACCCGCUAGUGAAACUAAUGGAUGAACAUGGAAACGUAAAAGAAACUUUGUCGAUCACCAAGUGGAACACUGAUACCGUACAAGAGUUUUUUGAAACGCGAUUAGCUAAAGUUGAUGACACCGAUUUUCUCAAAACAAAUCAAGUGUAAUAAACAGCAAGCAGUUUACGCAGUA